CAAACACACCUGGCGGGAAAAAGGCGGUUCUCUGAAAAGGUUGCACAAAAAAGAGGUCGCAUUAUUACAAUUACAAAUAAAAAAAAGAAAAUUAUACAGCCAAAGUAUAAAGGGCUAAACUCCGCCCCCGGAACUCUCUCUCGCACAUCAUCGUUCUCACUCGGGUGGUUCGAAGUUUGAAAAUAAUUUGUCAUUUGACCCCAUGACUUCGUAUAGUGAACAUGUGUCCGGUGAAAUUGUGAAUAGAUAUUAAGUUUAGUGGAUUGUGCAAUACGUGUUGUAUCCGGGCGGCUUUGCUGGAAGGAAAAACAAAAUGAAAUCUACAAACAUGGAGUCGUGUUCUGACCGGUUGAGUCCAUCCAGCGACAUGACAAACGAAUCCGAGACAUCGCUGCCAUCAUUUCCAUACGAACAGCAGAGUGGGAACUUCUAUCAGCCGGAGAUAAACGAAAAACAAUACUUUUCCUGCAAACAGAAGUCACCGCGCGACGACAGGAAAGAGGUUUACUUACAGGAGAGCAAUAAAAACUCCUUAGAGAACUACUUGCCGGCGAGGAGCAAAAAGUAUUUAAAUUUCGAACUCAAAUUGCCGCCGAUCAAUGACAACUUUUUCUCUCAAAUUGACAGCGAUGACAGGACGAUGCGUUCAGCGUACUUCAGUGACAUGAACAAAUGCGUUCAGAAUGAGAACAAUCCGAACAUGCAAGAAUUGGAUAUAGAUUUAAACAAUCAGUUUGAAAACGUUAACAGUGACAGAGAGAGGGUCCAACAAUCAUAUUUUGCGGAUAAUGAAAGUGGAAAUAUGCGGAGAUGUUUAAACUUCAACUCCGAACAGGUUCAGUGCGUGUGUGAGGCGCUCCAGCAAAAAGGCGAUAUAGAAAAAUUGGCGGCAUUCCUAUGGAGUCUACCACCGAGUGAAUUAUUAAGAGGAAAUGAAACCGUUCUCAGGGCCCGCGCUUUGGUGGCGUAUCAUCGCGGCGUAUUUCAGGAGUUGUACGCCAUAUUGGAGACGCACACAUUCUCACCUCGUCACCACACAGAUCUCCAGAACCUUUGGUUUAAAGCGCACUAUAAGGAAGCCCAGAAAGUCAGAGGAAGACCGCUUGGAGCUGUUGAUAAAUACCGUCUUCGCAAGAAGUAUCCCUUGCCAAAGACGAUCUGGGAUGGUGAAGAGACGGUGUACUGCUUUAAGGAAAAGUCGAGAAAUGCGCUGAAAGACUGUUACUACAGGAACCGUUACCCAACUCCAGAUGAAAAACGUGCGCUCGCACAAAAAACAGGCUUGACAUUAACACAAGUGUCAAAUUGGUUCAAGAACCGACGCCAGAGGGAUAGGACACCGCAACAACCGAAUAGACCUGAAAUGAUGGUUCCGGCUCAAUAUGUCGGUUCGCAGCCGGGUUUGGCGCAAUCUUUUCUUCCUAAUGCCUACUAUAAGCUUCAAGAAUCUCACUAUUUACACGGAAAUCCUUGAAUAUAAAUGUGAUUAUAAUUGACCAAUAUAUUUAACAAACCAACUACGAUAUAUUUACAUAUAUAGUAACAAUAAAUCUUCUAUAUAUUUCUUCUAUUCGUAAGUUUUUUGACGUUUCUUAAUAAUGUCUAGAUGUCAGUGA